GAGGAAAGAGAGUGUGCUCUUGUCUCGGAGGGAGGGAAACGGUCUCUUCUCUCGUCCCUCCUCCCUCGCUCCUCUGGAUCCGUCCCUCUCAGCCUCGUCUGUCCUGCAGCCUGUUGGGAGGACAUGCCGCAGACGGAGAGAUGCAGGAGAGAAGAGCGGAGAUGAAGAGAUGAACGAGUCACAUGGUGCGUGGACGAGUGUGUGCGUGGACGAGUGUGUGCGUGGGAGUCCCGGAGCUGCAGCUCAUGGAGAUGUGUGCGAGAUGCCUCCUCGCUCAGUGGACCGCUGCUAACCAACAAACGGCCUCUUGUGUUCAGGCGACUCUCGGUGGCGCCCGGUGAGUCCAGCAGCUUCACGCAGAGCCAGGGUCCUAUUUUCUAGAGAAAGUUCCUGAGAGGACACUGGAGACAGACACACACACACACAGACAGACACACACCAGCUGUCCUCCACCCUGGAGAGAGGAACUCUUGACGUCGGCUCCCUCCAUGUGUUUUUGCAGCGAUCGCGGGACCUUCUUACAUCUUGACUCUAAUUAAGCCAGAGGGCAGCAAGCUGGUGCCUCCCUCCCUCCCUCCGUCCCCCGAGGCCCCAUUGUCAUCAUUAAGUUCUGCUGCGAGCCGGCCUUGAAUAAUGGAGGGAGCCGAGGCUGCUCUGGACUAGUGCCUUGAGGCCGGGAGGCGGACGGAGAACAGCGUGAUAGAGAAACGAAUGAGUAGAGGCGAGCGGUGGAGUGGAGCUCUACCAGAGGGGGGUGGAGGGGUGUGUCCAGCGCUGAGAGGAGGCUGAGCUCAGGAUCGACUGCUCCAACCAGGAGAAGAUGAUCUCCACGUCCAGACCACACCUUCCUCUGCACCGGGCUGGAACCACAGAACACAGAAGACUGCACCACUCGUAGUUUUUCCAUCCAUGUGUUUGUCUCUGAACGUCUGUUGGAGGAAUCUCCCUGGAGCCUGGGAUUCUAUGUGUUCAUCCACCUCAGUGAGAAACUGACUUGACACCGAUUCUCUUCUUCUCUCUGAACCUUCAGGAGUUUGAAUCUUCUUCAGAGAAACCAAACCAGGUGUUUUCAGCCUCUGAGUCUCGCUUGAAGAUUUGUCAAAGAAACAACACGACAGAGCUUUUUAUAGAUCAGAGAGGAUUCCUAACAGAAGAGGACUUUCAAAUAGUGCGUUGGGUUGUUGGCAUCAGAUGAUCGACAAAGGAAGAGCGAGGAGGCUGUGAUGUAACUUCCUCCACGUGGUCGGACUUCCUGGAAAGUGCCUGAACUUUGUAGCUUUGUUAACGAAAAGCCAAACGGGAGCUGAAUCAUGGACGACUCGAGUAUUUUGAGGCGCAGGGGACUCCAGAAGGAGCUGAGUCUUCCCAGGAGAGGCAGCUUCUGCCGGACGAGCAACAGGAAGAGCCUGAUUGUGACGUCCAGCACCUCCCCCACCCUCCCCCGACCGCACUCACCUCUGCAUGGACACACAGGAACCAGCCCACUGGACAGUCCUCGAAACUUCUCCCCCAACACAGCAGCACACUUCUCCUUCAUCCCUGCACGCAGUCAUGGACACAGGGCUGACAGGACGGAUGGAAGACGCUGGUCUCUGGCCUCGCUGCCGUCCUCUGGCUAUGGCACCAACACUCCCAGCUCCACUGUCUCGUCCUCCUGUUCAUCUCAGGAGAAGCUGCACCAGCUGCCCUUCCAGCCCACGCCGGACGAGCUGCACUUCCUCACCAAACACUUCAGCUCCGAGAGCAUCGUGGACGAGGACGGACGCCACUCCCCCGCCAUGAGGCCGCGGUCCCGGAGCCUCAGUCCCGGCCGCUCGCCCAUUUCCUUCGACCAUGAGAUCGUGAUGAUGAACCAUGUGUACAAGGAGAGGUUCCCCAAGGCCACGGCUCAGAUGGAGGAGCGUCUCGGGGAGCAGCUCUGCUCCUCGGCCCCGGACAAGGUGCUGGCCGACGGGGUCCUGAGCUUCAUCCACCACCAGCUGCUGGAGCUGUCCAGAGACUGCCUGGAGAAAAGCAGAGAGGGCCUCAUCACCUCCCGCUACUUCUACGAGCUCCAGGAGAACCUGGAGAAGCUGCUGCAAGACGCUCACGAGCGCUCGGAGGGCGUGGAGGUCACGUUCGUCACGCAACUCGUCAAGAAGCUGAUGAUCAUCAUCGCCCGGCCGGCGCGGCUGCUGGAGUGUCUGGAGUUCGACCCGGAGGAGUUCUACCACUUGUUGGAAGCAGCUGAGGGUCAUGCUAAAGAAGGUCAGGGCAUCAAGACGGACAUCCCCAGAUACAUCAUCAGCCAGCUGGGCCUCACCCGGGACCCCCUGGAGGAAAUGGCCCAGCUGAGCAGCUAUGACAGCGGGAACCCGGAGACCCCCGAGACGGACGACUCGGUGGAUAGUCAAGGAAACACAGUCCCAGCUGCACCGCCGAAAACCAAACCCCCCCGAGAGGAAGACUUUGAAACCAUCAAGCUCAUCAGUAACGGGGCUUAUGGUGCUGUGUUUCUGGUGCGUCACAAAGAGUCCCGGCAGCGAUUCGCCAUGAAGAAGAUCAACAAGCAGAACCUGAUCCUGAGGAACCAGAUCCAACAGGCCUUCGUGGAGAGGGACAUCCUGACGUUCGCCGAGAACCCGUUUGUCGUCUCCAUGUUCUGCUCCUUCGAGACCCGACGCCACCUCUGCAUGGUGAUGGAGUACGUGGAGGGGGGCGACUGUGCCACGCUGCUGAAGAACAUCGGGGCGCUGCCGGUGGACAUGGCUCGAAUGUACUUCGCAGAAACCGUCCUCGCACUCGAGUAUCUUCACAACUACGGCAUCGUACACAGAGACCUCAAACCCGACAAUCUCCUCAUCACGUCCAUGGGACACAUCAAGCUGACGGACUUCGGCCUCUCAAAGAUCGGUUUGAUGAGUUUGACCACGAACUUGUACGAAGGACACAUCGAGAAGGACACCCGGGAGUUCCUGGACAAACAGGUGUGCGGGACUCCGGAGUACAUCGCUCCCGAGGUGAUCCUGCGUCAGGGCUACGGGAAGCCGGUGGACUGGUGGGCGAUGGGCGUCAUCCUGUACGAGUUCCUGGUCGGCUGCGCUCCGUUCUUCGGGGACACGCCGGAGGAGCUGUUCGGUCAGGUCAUCAGUGAUGAAAUCAUUUGGCCAGAGGAAGAGGAAGCUCUUCCUCAGGAGGCUCAGGAUCUGAUCUGCAAGCUGCUGAGACAAAACCCACUGGAGAGACUGGGCACAGGAAGUGCCUUCGAGGUGAAGCAGCACUCGUUCUUCACGGAGCUGGACUGGAACAGCCUGCUGAGGCAGAAAGCCGAGUUCAUCCCUCAGCUGGAGUCUGAGGACGACACCAGUUACUUCGACACUCGAUCUGAUCGGUACCACCACCUGGACUCAGAGGAGGAAGACGACACCAACGAUGAGGAGCACGUGGAGAUCCGACAGUUCUCCUCCUGCUCGCCUCGCUUCAGCAAGGUCUACAGCAGCAUGGAGCGUCUGUCUCUGCACGAGGAGAAGAGGACGCCUCCUCCCACCAAGCGCAGCCUCAGUGAGGAAGGAGGAGAUCGGAUCGACAGCCUGAGCGGACUGAAGUCCAGAGACCGCUCGUGGCUGGUGGGAUCUCCAGAGAUCCUGCGGAAGCGUUUGUCUGUUUCCGAGUCGUCGCACACGGAGAGCGACUCCAGCCCUCCGCUGACGGUCCGGAGGCGCUGCUGCUCCGCCAUCAUCGAGAUGCCGCGCUUCGCCAUUUCCUCUGAGGAGGAAGGACAAGCUCUAGCUGGGAGCAGGAGGAGUCCCAGCCUCAGUGCCCUGCGGGGCCCCCGGAGCGACGAGCUGCCCCUCGCCAUCCCAGAGCUCCCACUGGAGAGAGAGCUGAGGCUGGACGAGUCCCCCACCACCCCGAGCUCCGCCUCCACUCAGCUGACCAGGGCCGCGCUCACACCCGGCAGCUCAGGCGAUGUGUGUGAACGAGCUAACGGCGCUAACGGCCGAGCAGCUAAAGCCGACAGCGACUCUCCAUCGACUCCUAAAGCCAUCAGCGACCUGGCCGCUCGCCGGGCUCGCCAUCGCCUGCUGUCCGGAGACGCUGACAAGCACACGGCGACUCAGAGCUCACGGCCGCUCAACAAGGUCAUCAAGUCGGCGUCCGCCACCACGCUGUCGCUCAUGAUCCCUGCAGACCACCACGGAGCCUCCCCAUUGGCCAGCCCCAUGUCCCCCCACUCGCUGUCGUCCAAUCCGUCGUCACGCGACUCCUCGCCGAUCCGGGAUCUGUCCCCGGCCGUGACCAACGCCAAACCCGCCAUCGUGAUCCACCGAGCAGGGAAGAAGUACGGCUUCACCCUGAGGGCCAUCCGGGUCUACAUGGGAGACUCGGACAUCUACACCGUGCACCACAUGGUCUGGCACGUGGAGGGUAGGGGUCCGGCCCACGACUCGGGGCUGAGGGAGGGCGACCUCAUCACCCACGUGAACGGAGAAGCGGUUCAUGGUCUGGUUCACACCGAGGUGGUGGAGCUCAUCCUGAAGAGCGGCCCCAAAGUGUCCAUCUGCGCCACCCCGUUCGAAAACACGUCCAUCAAGGUGGGUCCCGCCCGAAAGACGAGCCAGAAGACCAAGAUGGCGAGACGCAACAAGAAGACCAAGACCAAGGAGGGUCAGGAGAGUAAGAAGAGGACGUCUCUGUUUAGGAAGAUCACCAAGCAGGCGUCUCUCCUCCACACCAGCCGCAGUCUGUCCUCUCUGAACCGCUCCCUGUCCUCAGGGGAGAGCGGCCCCGGCUCCCCCACUCACAACCUGUCCCCGCGGAGCCCGACGCAGGGCUACAGGUCCACGCCAGACUCCACCCACUCAGUUGGUGGAAACUCGUCCCAGAGCAGCUCCCCGAGCUCCAGCGUCCCAAACUCCCCUGCGAGCUCGGGCCACAUCCGGCCCAGCUCCCUGCACGGCCUCGCCCCGAAGCUGCAGCGGCAGUACCGCUCGCCCCGACGCAAGUCUGCCGGCAACAUCCCCCUCUCCCCUCUGGCUCGCACGCCCUCGCCCACGCCUCAGAGCAGCUCGCCGCAGCGCUCCCCCUCCCCGCUGUCCAGCCACGCCGUGGGACAGUCGUUCCCCGUGAAGCUGCACUCCUCCCCUCCCCUGGCGAGGCAGAUAUCCAGACCCAAGAGCGCCGAGCCUCCGCGCUCCCCGCUCCUCAAGAGGGUGCAGUCGGCCGAGAAGCUGGCCUCCUCCCUCUCCAACUCCCCCUCGUCUCCCUCCGGUGGGGCGGCGGGGGGGGCGGCUGGGGGGAGUCGGAAACACAGUCUGGACGUCUCACAUUCAGAGUUCAAGAAGGAGAUUCUGCAGAGAGAGCCGAGUCUACAGAGUCUUCAGGAGUCGGCCAGCGAGGGCCUUCUGUCCUCGGCCGGUCGCGGCGUGGAGACGGGCUGCCUGCAGAAGCACUCGUCCUCCUCGUCCAGGAAGCUGGGACGUCAGGAGGGCGACCUGCUCUCCGGCUCGCUGGGCCUCGCCCCCGGCAAGAGCAAACUGAAGGACAAGCUGUCGGCCAUCCGGCAGGACCGGGCCGAGCGGAGGGAGUCGCUGCAGAAGCAAGACGCCAUCCACGAGGUGGACUCGUCCGAGGACGAGACGGACGAGGGCUCGGAGGACAGCCAGGAAGGACGCAGGGGGACGACCUUCACCCCUCCUCCCCUCCUCAGGCCCACCACUGUGAGAACAGGCCCUGGAGGCACCCUGCCGUCCCUCUGCCUCUCCCCCUGCACCCCCCACGCCACCUUCACCCACACAGGGCCCUCGCCGGCAGCCAGGCAGCCCCUCCCCUCGCUUACAGAGACAAAGUCUGGCCUGAGACAGGGAGGCUCUGCUGUGUCCUCAGAAGACGCUCUGAGACAAGAGAGGAAGGUCCUGGAGCAGGGCACCACCACUAAACCAGUUCCGGGCCCCCUCCCCUUCUCCACCCCAGGCAGCGCGUUCAUCUCCGUCAGCAGAGACAUGUUCCUCAGACCCGCAACUCCGCCCGACUCCAGGAGUCUGAGAGCGAGAACUGGACCAUCAGAGUCCAGAGCUGCAGACAGAACCCUGGACAGCCCUAGAACCCCAUCGACCCCCACCACUGCCGGCGCCAGCGACUGCAGAGCGACCACGAGUGAGACCACGAGCACCGCAGACGGCAGAGCGACCACGAGUGAGACCACCGGUACAACAGACCAAACCACUGAAACCCCCCGCGCCUCCUGCUCCUCCCCCGGCAUACCGAAGGAGAAGAAGGAGGCAGACAACCGGAGACUCUGCGCCGCUGUGGCUGCAACUGUGAGUGUGUCGCCGUCCUCCACCUCCAGCUCCAGCUCCAGUUCAAGUUCUCCGGUUCCGCCCCCUGAGAGUGGCGUGGACAAGAUGGUGUCCCAGCUGGCGAUCGUAGCAAGGAGCGUCCUCUGUCCCGUCAAACCGACCACGGCCGCGGACCCGAAGGACCAGAAACCAUCAGCUGACUCGUGUCCCUCCAAACCGCCUCCUGCCCCUCAGUCUCCAGCUCCACAGAGGGCUGAGCGAGCAGCGUCACUGAGCGUCUCGCAGACAUCGGACAAACCCUCGACCCAAAAAGACCUCGCAGCCCCGGCGCCGCCGUCCGGCAAGGACGUCCCCGUCCGCCCAGACAGACCCACAUCAGGGUCAGUGAGUCGGGAGAACGCCGCCACGUCUGCACAGCGGGUGGGAGCGGCAAGCCUCCCUGCCACCGCAGCAGCUGAGCCACAGCGCAAGAGGUUCGAACCCCAGACUGCGACCGCCGCCAUGUCCGCCGUCUCCGCGCCACAAGACAAACCAACCACCAAGAAGACGUAGCAGCAGAAUGUACAGAUCACAUGACUCGGGGUCGGCCGCAGGUUCUAGAACCCUCUCGCUGUUUGGACAAAAACAACCGAAUCACAGUGAAACAGAGACUUUGACUUUCACCGUGGGGGGGGGGGGGGGGGGCAGAGCGCGGUCACAUGGGGUCGACCUCUUUCCAUUCCAGACGCUUGGGUUCCUGCGUUUCGACCAAAAAACAGGAGGAGCCUCGUGUUUCUCUUUCUUGAAGUCGGAGAUAACGAGCUGGGUGGUUCGUGCUCAAACCAUCACAGCGUCCUCACUCCCAGUUUCCUGCUGCUGCUUCAUCAACUUCCUGUUCAACAGAGACGCUCGUCUUCUCAUCGCUUCCUCCCUGUGGCGUGCUCUCAGCCAGCAGGGGGCGCCCAGCGCACGAUUAGCAAACUGCGUGAACGCGUUUCAGUUUGUUUUGUGUAAAUCUGAGUCUUUGUACAGUCGGGUCCAGAACCUGCUCCGGUCCGAGGAGCCCACUGCAGCGGUUCCCUCAGCUCAGACUCACAGGCAGUUCACAGAGUUCCUGGUGAACGCUGGAUCGAGGUUUGACAGACGAGUGCAGACGGAGGCAGGAAGCAUCAACAUGCGAUCGUUAGCGUCAAUGCUACACCAUCAAGUUUUAAUCGUCAGUUUAAAUAGCAUAUUAGCAUUAGCAUGAUUAGACGAGGGCCCCAGGCCCCUCGGGAUGCUCCUGCUCUUCACGUCUCUGUUACCAAACGUCUGGUUCCCAACACAAAGACACAAGGUUUACAUGUUGUGAGUUCCCCCCCCCCCCCCCCCCACAGCCGAUUGUUUUCCAUCUGGACCAAGUCGCUGUGUUUUCAUUCAAAUCCGGUGACGUCACCAGACUUCACUUUGUGUUGGUGUGAGGGAGACUGUGCAUGGUUGUGUGUAUAUAUAAGAGUAUUUAUCUGUUGUACUCCUGUUUUAUACCCUGUGUGUGUGUGUGUGUGUGUGUGUGUGUGUGUGUGUGUGUGUGUGUGUGUGUGUGAGUGUGAGUGUGUGUGUGUUCAUUUCUCGAUAUCAAACAUUGAUUUCCUCUCGUCCUUCAUUCCUCUCGGACGUUUCGCUUGCAGUCACAUGUUGAGAACGUUUCCUGCUGAUCCUCCGAAGCAGGUCCACGUCCUCGUUGUGCGUCUGUGACGAGCGACGCCUCCCUCUGUGUUUGUGUGUUUGCUGACAUCACAGUUCUCUGACUCGAAGGAACUGACUGUGUUGUGUUUACAUGUGGGUUCUGUUUGGUUUUUGUGUUAUUUCCGUUGAUGGAACUUGUUGCCUGUAGCAAUCAAACCUCCUCAGGCCUCGGUGCGUUCAGGCCUCGGUGUGUUACAGGAAAUACAAACGUAGGUUUGUGGGAAAUUAGAAAUGUCGUCAUUACUUCUUUGUUCUUCAAGAAAAAUCAAACGUUUGUGCCUCAAAACUUCACUCGUCUGAUUUACUGGAUUCAGUUCAUUCAUCAGCAGAUUGGAUUCAGUCCCAGCUCUGAUCUGGGAUUCGCUUACGACACGUUCACACACACACACACUCACAGAUCAGAGUGUGUCAGUUUGACUACACACACAGACACACACACGCUUUCUCCCGUGUGUAAAGAAGAUGGUGCAGCCAUCUGCUGGAGACUGAAGCAAGAGUCCGUUUCCCUGGUGGAGUCAUUCAUCUAAAGCCCAGAGCCUGUUGGACACACAACACACAACACACACACACACAAGGUCGGGUCGGCCAACAACAACAGUAGCCAGCGUCCCUCAGGCUCUAUCGUCCCGUUCAGUUACACUGCUGCCCGACCUCCAGCCUGUGUUUACCCAUCAUGCACCUCUGCUGCUCUGUGGCCACGCUCAGUGACAGCUCGGCAGAGUUUGAGUUGAGAGUCUGAAUCCUGAGACUCUCAAGAGGAAUCGAACUUGUGACUGUUGAUAUGAAAAGGUACGAAGAGAAGCCUAAUGACCACUGAGACACACAUACACACACACACACACAAACACACACACACAGGUCAUGAACCAGUACAGGAGAUUCAGUUAGAGUGCGAGCGGAGGCCGAGCAGCAGAAACUCCUUUUGACCGACUCGACAGACGUGUGCAGUAUUUCAGUGUUUCCAUGUUGUGUGUUUUCUCUGUGACACACGAGUGAUGAAGAGGAGGAGGAGGAAGAUUCAGCCGUGCACCGUAAAAGCUUGAGUGAGAUAAAAACAUUGCUGAGUAAAACCAGUGCAAUAUCUUUUUAUUUUUUAUUGUGGUAAACGCAUGUUGUUGUCAAUCUUACCUUACGACAAUAAUAAAGUUUUUUUUAUGUACA